AUGCAUUUAACGUAUCUGUGGAUCAUUACCGUCGCGUCGUGUAUUGCACAGGCCGAGUCCAAGAUACAAGACACGCCGACGAUAUACCACAACCAGUUCGCAGUUUACAUACCAGAUGGACACGCCGUCGCUGAUACUAUAGCUGCCAAAUAUGGAUUCACUAAUGCUGGACAGACAUGUUCUUGUAAAAAUAUGUUAAAAAGAGCAUGGCAAGAAAUCAAGUUUAAUCUUAAACCGGUGAAACUGACUGUACAAGCUCUUUGUAGAAGUUUACCUUUUAAAGGAAGUUUACCUUCUGAUAUUCAAUAUGACCAGAAUGGUCAUACUAUCGUUCGCGAAGAGGAGGGACGUAGUAAAACUAACUCUGUUUAUAUUUGCGGAAAAUGCAAGGUUUACUUGCACGCUGACUGUUUUAGUGCUUUCCAUAAAAAAUUGAGAUCCCAUAAUGACGCUAGUGCCAUGCUACUACUGCCAAAUGGCUGCGGCGGCCAAAACAAAAAUAAAACUAUGAUUGUUAUGCUACACAGAUGGCUUCUAUUUGCUCCUAAGAACGUUGAAGAGAUACAGUUGAUAUUUCCAGUACGAGGCCAUUCUUUUACACCACCAGACCGUUUAUUCGGUCUUUGCGAAAAAGACUUCAACAAAAAAGAAAUUAUCGAGACUCCAGAUGGCUAUGUUAAACUAAUUGAAAAGUAUGCUACAAUAAGACGACUAGGUAUUAACGUAGAUAUUUUUGAUUGGAAUCAAGAGGCAGUAGAUCAUUUUAAACCUAUUUCUCAAUGGCACUUUAAAUUUCAGCCUUCAAAAAACGUACAAUUCAAGCGAGCAGCCAAAUCCCAGCACAUGAUUCUCAUCCAAGCAGAACAGUUUUAUUACCACUCCAUUGGUAAUUUCAAAUUCAUUAUGAAAGGGAAAGAAAAUGUUUCUUUGGCUUCUGACAAAAGGCUUCUUGAAUUGCACUUUGAGUCUGAUUGGCAAUCUAAUCCAUGCUUAAAGUUUUACGUCAAUUUUUUUUGCUUCUUGUGA